AGAAAUAAAAUAUUUUCACCACUCACGCAGUGUCAGUCAAAGAUGGCGGUAGUGCAAUAUUUGGGUUUUGUAUUCCUUCUGGGAUUUGUUCAGGGUAACCCACUCUCAGAGGGUUCACCAGCCUUCAUUGAAGACCUGCGUAAUGCCAGGAUCGUAGCAGGCUGGGAGGCUCAGGAUGGGCAGAUCCCUCAUCAGGUCAACGUGCGCAUGGUGAAUGCCGCCGGCGGGGUCAACUCCUGCGGCGGGUCCGUCAUCCAUCACGAGUGGGUCAUAACUGCUGCCCAUUGCGUGGCCAACCGCUUCACGUUCGUGGUUCGCAUCGGGCUGACCAACCUGACCCGUCCGGAGUACGUCGUGGAGACCAGCAAGAAGUUCAUCCACCCGCGCUACAUCGAGAUCAUCGCUGGAGUCCAAACCGAUGACAUUGCCCUGCUCGGCCUCGACAGAUACAUACCAUAUGGACCAUUCGUCCAACCCUGUCGCCUGCAGAACUCUGAGACCAGGAACGUCGACUACACUGGCGUCAGAUUCACCGUCAGCGGAUACGGGCUUACUGACGACCUCGUCAAUGGUGGCGCGUCAUCGGAGAUCCUCCGCUGGGUGCACCUGCGAGGCAUCUCCAACGCGGAGUGCCUCCGCUGGUACCCCAACAGCGGCAUCGUCCAGGAACAGACCAUCUGCGCCGAGUACUACAACAACACAGCCCAGUCUUCUUGCCAGGGUGACAGUGGCGGUCCGCUGACUAUCGUGGACGUGGAUGGCAAGCCCACCAUGGUGGGAGUGGUCAGCUUUGGCUCCAGCGCUGGAUGCAACAGCCCCUUCCCUUCAGCUUACGUCCGUCCAGGCCAUUACCACGACUGGUUCGCUGAAAUCACCGGUCUGAACUUCGACUGGAAAAGCGAAGAUCUAGAAGCUUCUCAGAGUUCUGAAGAAAAAACGAGUGAAGAAGACAGUGAAGAGGAACAACGGGAUAAGCCUAUUGUUGUCGAUUUCUUCCUUCGUUAAAUGAUAAACUAAAUUGAUAUAAAUGGUAAUGAAAAUGUACUUA